AUGAAGAGCUUACGGAGGAACCAUUCUUCAAAUCCCCAUGCCUCAAAUGUGUCCAGCAAAAUUUUCGUUCGGUCAACAAAGAGCGGGAAGGUCCAGAAGAUAGUGCGCGAGCUAUAUCUUAGACAGGAUAUCCCGUGUUCGUCAAAGCUAUGCACAGCAUGCCUUUCGUAUGCCCCAACGGAUGCCAAUGGAUUUGUUACUCCAUUCGUCCUUUCAGAGAAACCAGCUGGUACAAAACGAUUUCCAAAGGGCCAUUACUUGAUGCCCGAUACGAACGCUCUGCUCAAUGCGAUGGACCUCUUUGAACAGACAAGUGCAUUUUACGAUGUUAUAGUUUUGCAAACCGUCCUAGAGGAGCUCAAGAACCAGUCUUUGCCUUUAUAUAACCGGCUGAUAUCGCUGAUAAGGAGUGAAGAGAAAAGAUAUUAUCUCUUUUUUAAUGAAUUCCGAUUAGAGACCCAUGUCAGGAGAGGUACAGAUGAGAGUAUAAACGAUCGCAAUGACAGGGCCGUACGAACAGCAGCAAAGUGGUACACGGAACACCUCCAGGAAGUUACGAAGAAUACUCAAAAGGAGCAAAAUAUCCCCGCUAUUGUAAUACUCACGGAUGAUAAAGGAAAUGCUCGCAAGUCGGACGAAGAAGGUGUAAUUGCCCUCUCAUUGACGGACUAUAUUUCCGGACUUGAAGACGCAGACAGGCUCCUGGACAUGGUCAAUGAGUCAAAGUUAGCUCAUGAUGCGAAGCCGAAGAAGGGAGAGAUGCUAUACCCCGCAUACUACUCGAUGUCGAAGAUUAUGACACUGAUAAGAGCUGGUACUCUACACCAAGGGGUAUUCAACGUGUCACCUUACAACUACCUAGAAGGAAGUGUGAACGUCCCUGCUUUUGAUAAAUCACUUCUUAUUCUAGGACGGGAUAACAGCAACAGAGCUAUUGCUGGCGAUAUUGUGGUUGUCGAAGUGCUACCCAAAGACCAGUGGAAAACUCCGUCAUCCAAGAUCAUUGACGAGGAAGCUUUAACCAAAGACGACAAUCCGGAAGCGGAAGAAAAUGAAGCUGUGGUAACAGAGCGUGAAAGGAAAGCACUCCAAGAUGAGGUCCGAAAAGCCCAUGGGACCGGUACUGAAAGCCGGCCCCAGCCGACCGCAAAGGUGGUUGGUAUCAUCAAGAGAAAUUGGCGUCAAUACGUUGGACACAUCGAUGGAUCGUCUAGUUCUCAAGCUUCAUCGGCUGGGCGGCGCCAGCAGACUGUCUUCGUCAUCCCGAUGGAUAAACGAGUCCCUAAAAUAAGAAUACGCACUCGACAGGCAAAUGAACUCAUGGGACAAAGAAUAUUGAUCACAAUAGACGCCUGGGACAGAGACUCUCGAUAUCCAAUGGGCCAUUUUGUGCGGUCCCUGGGAGAGGUAGAAACGAAAGGUGCCGAGACAGAGGCCCUCUUGCUAGAAUACGACGUGCAAUAUAGGCCGUUCCCCCAAACAGUCCUGGACUGCUUACCCGCUGAAGGUCAUGAUUGGAAGGUCCCAAAGGACAUGUCAGACCCCGGCUGGAAAGACAGAAGGGAUUUGAGAGAUUUGCUUGUUUGCAGUAUUGAUCCACCGGGUUGUCAAGAUAUUGACGACGCUCUUCAUUCCCGACCACUUCCAAAUGGUAACUUUGAAGUCGGAGUUCAUAUUGCAGACGUCUCCAACUUUGUACGGCCCAAUAACGCCAUGGACACUGAGGCUAGUAUGCGAGGAACAACGGUCUACUUAGUUGACAAGCGCAUAGACAUGCUUCCAAUGCUCCUUGGUACUGAUCUCUGCUCUCUUAAACCCCAUGUUGAACGGUUCGCAUUUUCCGUCCUCUGGGAGGUAACUGCUGACGCAGAGAUCGUAUCCUCAAGUUUUACUAAAUCCGUUAUCUUUUCCCGCGAAGCUUUUAGUUACGAGCAAGCCCAGUUACGUAUUGAUGAUAGAUCUAAAACAGAUGACUUAACUGAAAGUAUGCGGACACUGCUUCGGCUAUCUAAGCUUCUCCGUCAAAAGAGAAUGGAUGCGGGAGCAUUGAAUCUUGCCUCCCCAGAAGUUCGCAUUGAAACCGAUUCGGAGCUUUCUGACCCAGUCGCGGAUGUCAAGACGAAAGCCCUUUUGGACACAAACAGUCUCGUUGAGGAAUUCAUGCUUCUCGCCAAUAUUUCGGUUGCUGCUAGGAUUUACGAAUCAUUCCCUCAAACUGCUCUAUUACGAAGACAUGCUACUCCACCUCCUUCAAAUUUUGAAGAGUUGAUAACUCAGCUGUCGAAAAAGCGCAACCUCACACUUGAUGUGUCCAGUUCUCUGGCUCUAGCCAACUCUCUGGACAAAUGUGUUGACGAGAGAAAUCCGUUUUUCAAUACCCUCAUUCGUAUCCUCGCAACACGUUGUAUGACGUCCGCUGAAUACUUUUGCGCCGGAGCACAUUCAGAAUCUGAAUUCCGGCAUUACGGGCUUGCAUCUCCCAUUUAUACCCAUUUCACAUCCCCCAUUCGACGAUACGCUGAUCUCGUCGUUCAUCGACAAUUGGCUGCUGCAAUCGGGUAUGAAGGACCCGGAGCCUCUGCUGGUGAGGGACUUACUACUCGCAGCAAACUAGAGGAUAUUUGCAAGAACAUCAACCAUAGACAUCGAAAUGCUCAGUUUGCUGGCAGGGCUAGUAUAGAAUAUUAUGUUGGCCAAGCACUGAAGGCUAGGGGUGAGCAAGAGGCCAAGCGCCUGGGUUCUGCAGUGGCUCCUGGCGUUGAUGAAGAGGGCUAUGUAAUGCGCGUAUUUGACAAUGGCGUCGUCGUCUUCAUUCCACGGUUCGGUAUUGAAGGAGUUGUUAGACUAGAAGAUUUCGUCCUCGACGGCCAACAAACGAAGGUCUUUGAUCCAAACUCAAGCAAGCAAGUGGCUGCUAGGAGAGAAAGUGAAUUCAACAACGAACAAUACUCUCUUAAAGUGUGGGAGAAACAAAGCGAUGAGGACAGUGAAGCCAUGAAACCGCAGUCAGGUUCGAACAGCAUGGUCGUCGAGUUGUUCGAUAAGGUCAAAGUGAAUGUUAGUUCCGUCAAGGAAGAAAAAGGACGUGGAGCAGGCAAGAGAAGAGUGCGAGUUUUGAUUCUGGCGAAAGCAUGA